GGCGCCCCGCCGCCGCCACCCCACCAUCUGGGGGCCGGCGGCGGUGGCGGCGGCGGUGGCUACAUGCCGCACGCGCCGCCGCCGCCCCCGCAGCAGCAGCAGCCAGGCUUCCCGCCGCAGCCCGGGCCCGGGCCGUACGGCGGCGGCGGCGGCGGCUACCCCCCGCCCCAGCGGCCGCCCUACCCGCCGCAGCAGCAGCAGCAGCAGCCGGCCUACGGCUACCAGCAGCGCUACUGA